UAAUAGAGCGGAUUUUACGACGAACUCCAAUGUUUUUAAAAUAUAAUUUGGUCUCUAAAAAAAGAAAGAGGGAUUAGGAUGUGGUGGUAGAGAUAUGUAGGGUGCACUUAAAGUAAUAUGCUACCACAAAAUAAUAUAUUUUUUUUUAAAAAAAAAAAAAAACUUGUGAUAUGUGUCAAAAUUGAAUUGAGGAGAGAAGGGGUUAGGAGGUAAGUAUUUUGGUAGUUAAAAUGAAAAGAGAAAGAAGUUGAAUUAAGGAAAAGAAAGAAGAAAAGAUGAGGGUAUUUAGGGAGGGGGAAUAUGAAAGGGAAGUAAGGUCGCAUCAAAAGGGGGUAUGGUUAUGAGUAGUAGUACAGAGCAUUGUGAUGGACCAUGGUCAAGUGCUUAGAGAUAGAAAGAGAAAUAAAGCAAUAAUGAAGGGGGUGGGUUCUGGGUCCCAUUUAUGGCAGGGCGUGGGAGAGGGAUGAACAUGACGUUGUCGGUUGUUUUUGUGUAUUGCCCUUCUCUUUGGGUGCCAUUUUACCCAUUCCAAAAAAUUCCAAAAUUACCCCUUCCUCCCCUCCCUUCUCUCUCUCUCUUCUUUCUCCUUCCCUAGCUUCUCCUUAAGCAACCAACCUGUCUCUUGUUGGAUAUGUACCUAGCCUGUUGGAUCCCUUGAAGCAUCCUUCCUCUUUUCCUUCUCUCUCUCUCUCAAACCCUAAUCUCAAAAAAAUUGGUUUCUGAUUUCUGAUCACUUUGAUCUUUUUUAAUGGCUAACCCCAACCCUAGCUAGCUUGGUCCCAGUUCUUCUUUUCCUAUUAUUCCCUUGUUUUUUUCUAAUUUCAUGGAGGAAAUUCAAAUGAGCAUGCAGCAGUAGUAGCGGCAGUUUAAUUUAAUUCGAUUUAAUUAGAUGGUUUUGGAAUUUACUCGUAUGGAUAUGAGAGAACAAGAGAAGGAAGUAAUAAUGCCUGGAGCUUCUUCCGGUGGCGCCGGUGCUUAUGGUCAUAUUUUUGGGGAAACUUCCUCAGAAAGGAGAAUAGACUCGAUUCAUAACGGCUCUCAUCACCAUAUCCAAACCGACCACCACAAUGGCGAGAAUGUUGGCGGCGGCGGCGGCGGGGGUGGUGGAGGUGGAGGAGGUAAUUUUUCCGCUGGCGGUAGAUCCAAGGUACGGGGGGCGGUUUCUGGAGUUAGGUAUCGUGAAUGUUUGAAGAAUCACGCGGCGAGCGGGGGGAAUAUUUACGACGGAUGUGGAGAGUUUAUGCCGAGUGGUGAAGACGGAAUAGAGGCACUGAAAUGCGCUGCUUGUGAAUGUCACCGGAACUUCCACCGGAAAGAAAUCGACGUUGAGAGUCAAUUGAAUAUUAGUCCUAAUUACAGAAGAGGUCUAAUGCUUAACCAUCUCCCUCCUCCACCAUUGCUCCCUUCCGCUCUCCAUGGUCACCAUAAAUUCUCCAUGGCAUUGAACCUUCAUUCCAGUCCUACUGCUCCAAUCAUCGCUCCGAUGAUCGCCUUCGCCGGUGGCGGCGGAAACGAGUCUUCUAGUGAAGAUUAAACGUUUUCAGUCUAAUGCGAGGUCAUGCCGCCGUCUUCCUUCUCCUUGUAAAAGCGUUUCCGUACAAAGUUCACACAGGAGCAAAAGGAUCGAAUGCUUGAGUUUGCAGAGAAAGGAUGGAGGAUUCAGAAACAAGACGAUAAUGAAGAAGUGGAAAGAUUCUGUACGGAAGUCGGAGUGAAACGUCAAGUUCUUAAAGUCUGGAUGCAUAACAACAAGAACACUGUGAAGAAGCAGAACGAAAAUCACGAACCUGAAAUCGCCGGUACCGGCGCCGGUGCCGGCAUUAUGAAUGAAUCGUAACUUUGAAUUAUCCAUGGCCAAUACCUGCAGAAGAAGGUAAGAAUCACGUACGUUAAAUUAGAGGAAUAUAACGUUUAUAUAAUUGAAGGAAUAUUGAGAGACGAUUUUAUGUCAGAGACCUUCUUUGUGAUUCUUCAUCUUAAUUAAUUUUAAUCCCUCAAUUAUUUAUGGUUUUAA